AUGGUCUCGGGCCCUUUCAUGUCUUUCUUCCUUUUGAUAGGACUGAUUGCCAAUUUGGUCUUGGCUGGUGUCCUCGGCAUUGCAAAAGAUACUUCGCUCGAACCCUACAAACUGCAUUCCUACGGCUCUGUUUGCGACUUCAAAAAUGAGCCUUCCAACGACCAAUUUUUGAACUUGAUCCAACAAGCAUAUGAUGACAUGAGGGAAUUGACCGAUAAAGUCCAAAAGAAUCAUCAUAAGCCAAGCGCAAUGAUUGGUCUAGCCAUUGGAAAUCAAGUUUAUUUCUCCUCUUCAGUAAGAAGUGACAAGAGCAAGCCUAUCAUAUACAAACUGAGUUAUCCUAAGAAAGGAGGAGACGGCUCGUUCAACAAGCUGCCUGAGAUGCCUGAGCAGUUCAAAAAGGUCACAGAUGCCCUUGAAGCUUGCUCGAAAGAGGCGAAUUCGGACCCCCAACAUAAGAGCAACGGAAUGUGUGGGUCGCUGCAUGGUGGGGGGGACGGUUAUCUGCCUCCCUGUUCCGGCGAUCCAGGAUCGCCCCAAUGGGGGUGCAAUAAAUGGACCAAGGAGAUGAAGUUUGAGGUUAUAGAAGACACGAAUAAAAACAGAGAUCGAAAGGAUACCCCGGAGCCUACAAGCACAAAAAACGUCGCUUUGGAAAAGUGUGCAAAGGUCGAACAGCCUAAGGGAAAAGGCAAGGGGGGUAAGCGGGACGAGGAGUCUUCUUGA